GAUACAAACAGAGAUAGAGAAACAGCAUGAAUGUUGGUGUAUGUUGUGAUAUGCAUUCUUCUGCUAUCUGUUGCACUGCCGUUUCACCUUACCAUCUUGGUCGUUUCAGCACCGUUCGGAACCCUAGCCAAUUUCGCGCCAAAUCCUCUCUGCUCAUUGAGAAACAGGAAGCCCAAGUCGAUUCCGACGUGAAGCCCUUGUCUCGCCGCCUCAUUCUUCUUCGCCAUGCUACCAGUUCCUGGGAAAACCCUUCUCUCCGCGACCAUGACCGGCCUCUGAGUAAAUCAGGGAAAGAGGAUGCUGUGAAAGUUUCCCGCAAGCUCCAACAAUUGGGUUGGAUUCCUGAACUUGUCCUGUCUAGUAAUGCGGCACGGACUAAGGAGACACUCAAGAUAAUGCAGGAGCAAGUUCAGGAACUGUUGGAAGCUGAGGUUCAUUUUGUUUCUAGUUUCUAUUCAAUUGCAGCCAUGGAUGGGCAAACAGCGGAGCACCUUCAAAAGGUUAUUUGUAGAUAUUCAAGGGAUGAGAUACUUACUGUCAUGUGCAUGGGACAUAAUAGGGGUUGGGAAGAGGCAGCCUCAAUGUUUUCUGGGGCCUCUGUGGAAUUAAAGACAUGCAAUGCUGCACUACUUGAGGCUGCUGGAAAAUCUUGGGAUGAGGCAUUUGCUGCAGCAGGAUUUGGUGGGUGGAAGCUUCAGGGCAUAGUAAAACCAAGUAGCUAACUAGUUACAAAUAGAGAUGCAAAAGAGAAAGUUGGAAGCAUGAUUACUUCAUUUAGGAAUCCAAAACGCCUCUUGUUAGGUUAAGGCUACAGAGCAGAUGACUUCUGAAAGCAGACUAGAGGGAAGAUCGAAAAUGAUGCAAAAAGACUCAUAUUCAUAUAUAUAUCUGUUUAAUUUGGCAGCUAUGGAUUGUUUCCAUGGAGAUUCAAGAUGAGGCCUCCACAUGCUACUUAGUGUGUAGCCUAGACGUUCAUUGAGGUGAACUCAUGCUGCUCCCUGGUUGCUGGUACAUUCAGGUUAAACACACCUUCAGGUUUCCCAAGAAAAAUAAAAAUAAAAAAUGCUUCUGGAAAUCAUGUGUUGCGGAAAAGAUAAACAUUCCCCUUUUCUCCAUUCUCUUCUUCCACCCUGAUAAUAUAUUUCGAAAUUGCCAAUAUGGUAUUGGUUAAUGAUUAUCAGCAACCUAAUAGACACAAGAAGCCAUGGCUUAUUUAAAUAUUUUGUUUCCUAAAUCAACUUGUGUAGAUUUCCUCGUGUAAUGAAAAGUUUAAUUAUUAGUUCAAAUGAUUG